CGCCCGUGGCGGUGUGUGAGAGAACCUCGUACAAAAUGGCGGCGGGUGGGCGGGCUCCGGGCCCGGUGGGGGAUGGCGAAUAACCAGCCCCUGGCAGAGCCCUGCUCCGCGCCGCUGAGGCGGGCCCCGCGACCCCCCGCACUCCCCUCCCGCAGCGAGGGGCACUGAUAAAGCCCCGGAGCGGGGCGGCGCCGCCGCCGCUGAAUCGCCCUCUACCCGCACCCCCGCGCGAGGCCGCCUGGGCCCCAGCUGGCGCGCGGGGCAGGGGCGGGGGCAGGGCGGCGCCGGGGCGGGCGGCCCCGCAUGCCCUCGGGGGGAGGGGAGCGCGGGCCCGGGGAUCAGGGCGGGAAGAUGGCGGCCGGCGGCGGCGGCAGCAGCGGCAAGGCCUCGGCCGCCGCCUCGUCCUCGGCCGGCGGCCUGGAGGCCUCGCUGGACCGCAAGCUGCAGGCGGUGACCAACACCAUGGAGUCCAUCCAGGGGCUGUCGUCCUGGUGCCUGGAGAACAAGCGGCACCACAGCACCAUCGUCUACCACUGGAUGAAGUGGCUGCGCCGAUCUGCUUUUCCUCAUCGAUUGAAUCUCUUUUACCUGGCCAAUGAUGUCAUACAGAACUGUAAAAGAAAAAAUGCAAUUGUAUUUCGAGAUACUUUUGCAGAAGUGCUUCCUGAAGCAGCCUCAUUAGUGAAGGAUCCAUCAGUCUCUAAAUCUAUAGAAAGAAUCUUUAAAAUCUGGGAAGACCGAAAUGUGUACCCUGAGGAAACCAUUUUGGCUCUAAAAGAAGCUUUAAGUACCACUUUCAAAAGUCAGAAGCAGCUGAAAGAAACUCUGAACAAACAACCGAAUAAGCCAUGGAAGAAAUCUCAAACGGCCACAAAUCCAAAGGCUGCCCUGAAGUCUAAGAUUGUUGCAGAAUUCAGACCACAGUCCCUCAUUGAUGAGUUGCUGUUAUAUAAGCGCUCAGAAGACCAGAUAGAAUUGAAAGAGAAGCAGCUUUCCACCAUGAGAGUGGAUGUUUGCAGCACUGAAACACUGAAAUGUUUAAAAGACAAAACAGGAGGAAAAAAGUUCUCUAAGGAAUUUGAAGAAGCAAGUUCAAAGCUUGAAGAAUUUGUAAAUGGUUUGGAUAAACAAGUGAAAAAUGGUCCUUCGCUAACUGAAGCACUUGAGAAUGCUGGUAUAUUUUAUGAAGCGCAGUAUAAGGAAGUCAAAGUGGUUGCAAAUGCUUAUAAAACGUUUGCCAACAGAGUGAGCAAUCUAAAGAAAAAACUAGAUCAAUUGAAAGCAACUCUUCCUGAUCCUGAAGAGUCUCCUGUCCCUUCUCCAAGUAUGGAUGCCCCAUCUCCAACAGGGUCUGAGUCCCCUUUCCAGGGAAUGGGAGAGGAGGAUGACUCUCGGUCUCCAGCAAUAGGAAGCCGCAAGGCUGGAUCUCCAGAACCUGUGACAGAUAAUCGGGAUGUGGAGGACAUGGAACUGUCCGAUGUGGAAGACGACACGUCAAAAAUUAUUGUGGAGGAGAGGAAGGAAAAACAAGUUGUUCCUCCUCCAACACCUGCCAAGACUGAAAGUGUCCCAAAAGUGACACCAUCCACUACCACUGUAGUGGCAAGCACUGUGACCGUGACAACACCUGCUCAGACUCCACCAACUCCUCCCACUCCGAAGGCAGUGAACACCACUCCCCCGUCACCAGCACUUGCGUUGCCAAACCUUGCCAAUGUCGAUCUGGCAAAGAUCAGCUCCAUUCUCAGCAGUUUAACAUCCGUUAUGAAAAAUACAGGGGUCAGCCCCGCAUCAAGACCUUCCCCAGGAACCCCAACAAGCCCAACAACUCUUACCAGUGGCCUGAAGACAUCUGUUGUGGGGACUCCAUCUGCUCCUCCAAAUCCAUUAGCAAACAUCCUCUCCAAAGUUGAAAUAACUCCUGAAAGCAUUUUGUCAGCUCUCUCCAAAACCCAGACCCAAACUGCACCAGCAUUGCAAGGUUUAUCAUCUUUACUUCAAAGUGUUGCUGGAAAUACAGCUCAGUCAAGUGAAACUGCAUCUCAGAGCAGCACUUCAGCAUCACCAGCCAACACGACUGUCCCUUGUGUCAAGGGGAGGAAUAUUCCUUCCAAUACCCAGUCUUAUAUGUCCAAAACUUUUGGUUAUUCUCCAAAUUCUUCUACUGCUGAGGUUUCCUCUACUUCUGUCAAUAAGGCUCCUAUUGGACAUACCCCUGGGCUUCCAAGUUCUAGUUUUAAGCCACCAGCAAAUUCCUUAGGAUUUGCCAGUUCCCAUUCUACCAGUCCUUCCCUUUUACCUACAGAAACUUCAAUGAGUCAGUCCUCUGAGAUUUCAAAGACAAAGCUGGAGUCAGAACCACCUUCUCCAAGCCUGGAAAUGAAGAUACACAAUUUCCUAAAGGGAAACCCUGGCUUCAGUGGUCUAAAUUUGAAUAUUCCAAUUCUAAGCAGUUUAGGGUCCAACAUCACAUCAGAAAGCCAUUCAUCUGACUUUCAGCGUGGUCCUACCAGCACCUCUAUGGAUAAUGUGGAUGGGACACCGGUCCGUGACGAGCGAAGUGGAACACCUACCCAAGACGAGAUGAUGGACAAGCCAACAUCAAGCAAUGUUGAUACCAUGUCUUUAUUAUCCAAGAUCAUAAGUCCUGGGUCUUCUACUCCCAGUAGCACCAGGUCACCUCAGAGCAGAGAUGAUGGCUACUCCCAGGAACUCUCUAAUUCAGUGCCUGCCUAUAGGUCUUAUACUCUAGGCAGGGACUCUCCAGCCAGCAUGUAUAAACAGUCCUCAGAUAGUAUGGAAAUACCUUCUUCUUUAAUGGACUCCUCUCAGGAGAAGUUUUAUCCAGACACAUCUUUUCAGGAGGAUGAAGAUUAUCGUGACUUUGAUUAUUCUGGUCCACCACCGUCUGCCAUGUUGAACCUCGAGAAGAAGCCUGCAAAAUCUAUUUUGAAGUCCAGUAAGCUUUCUGAGGCAUCAGAAUACCAGCCAGUUCUGUCUAGUUACAGUCAAAGAGCCCAAGACUUUAGCGUAAAGUCCUCUUUUCCUCAGUCCAUGAGGUCUAUUCUUGAUCAGGGUGAGAGCUGUGACCCACUGUCAUCUUCUCCGGGAAUGUAUGGAGGUUACGGCCUGAGGGGAAAUGACUCCACAUCCGAUGGCUCCCCUUCACCUAGUAAGAAUGAUGUGUUCUUUGCUCCAGACUCCAAUCAUAAUAACUUGUCAAAAUCUGUGGUACAUUCUGGCUUGUCACAGAAACAGUAUCCAGACUCUUCUCACUCAAUUCCCCACCGAUCACUUUUUUCUUCCCAAAACACUCUCUCAAACCCUGGCAGUAGACCCCCCACGUCAAGUGUGGAGAAAUCUUUAGGUUCUUCCAUUUCUGCUACUUCAACCAUUGAGUUCAAGAACAUGCUUAAAAAUGCAUCCCGCAAGCCCUCGGAGGAAAAACAUUUUAGCCAGGUCCCUAAAGGUAGCUCAAAUGAAGGAGUUAGCUUGUCCAGUCUCGGGCAGACUGGGAUCUCUACAGGAGAGCAGCAACAGCAGGAAGAGCAUUACCGUAUAGAAACUAGGGUGUCAUCAUCUUGCUUAGAUUUGCCUGAUAGCACUGAAGAAAAAGGAGCCCCCAUUGAAACCCUGGGUUACCAUAAUGCGUCCAAUAGGGGGAUGUCAGGAGAGCCAAUUCAGACGGUAGAAUCUAUAAGAGUUCUUGGGAAAGGAAAUAGAGGACAUGGACGAGAGGCCAGUAGAGUAGGCUGGUUUGAGCUGAGCAAUACAGGUAGCGCUUUUGAUAACGGGCCUUCAAGUGCUACCGAGCUGCCCAGCAUGGGCACAGGCAGUGGGAUCUCCAGCUUUCAAACAUCAUACAAAGACCACGUGCCGCAGUUCCAGGAGAGCGUCAACAAUUUCAGAACCAAUAACUUCAGCACCACUUUUGAGCAUCAUCUCCCGCCUCCUAUUGCGCCGCCCCCCAUCGAGCAUGGGACUCCUUUUCCGAGGGAACAAGUCGGCCCGCCCGCUGGGCCCCCGUCUGCUCCUCCCAAGGAUCAUGGAAGCCUUUUUCCUAGGGAUCACUCGGUUCCUUCCCACAUGCCAUCAGUGGAUCACACUAAUCCUUUCUCAAAAGAAACCUCCUCUCCACUUCCCUUGCCUCAUGGGGUCCCCCCUCCUUCUUCUGUGGAACAUAGUGGGGUUCCAUUUCCCACUCCUCCUCCUGCCCCCACUGUUCCCGUGGAACACACUGGCGUCCCAUUCGCCACUCCACCACCGUCAGGGGAACACAGCAGUGUCCCAUUCCCUGCCCCCACCCUCCCCGUGGAACACGGUGGCGUCACCUUUCCCAAGGAUCACGGUACUAUUCAUCAGGGGACGAUGAAAGAGCAUUUUAAUGUGCAUUCAGGACCAAGGGACCACGUGGCCUCAUCUCAGCGAGACCACAGCGGUCCAUCUCUUGGUCGGGUUCGAGAAAGCGUAGGCCUAACCUCCAUCUCGAGAGAGCAGCUCGGGGCACCCCGUAGCAUUGCUCCCAUCGGCCCAGCUCACAGAGACAACGUAAACCGAAGCGGCAUAAUAGCUAGGAAUCCGCGACCAGACCUUAGGCCUAGGGAACCUUUCAUUAACAGAGACCCAUUUCACAGCUUAAAGAGGCCUCGGCCACCUUUUGGAAGGGGCUCUCCAUUCUUUGCACCAAAACGCCCGUUCUUUCCUCCCAGGUACUGAAAAAAGACACGUGUCUCUAAGCAAAGGCAUUUUGGACGUUCUAGAGAGCAGUGGAAGUAGCCCUUUCACUUUUGUGGGUUUGUUUUUUUCUUUUUGUUGUUUGUUUUUUGGGUUUUUUCCUCCCCCUCCUUAGCGAGCCCCGUAACAUUUUUCUAAAUUAAAUGUUCUGUAUCUUUGGUUGUUUAUUUUUUAAGCCAUCCAGUUGGCAUAAGUAUAGAAAAAUGUUUUAACAAAAAAGAAAAAAAAAAUUCCGCAGAGUAUUGCCAUUGAAAUAAAACUUCCAGUAGUAGUAAAACGUGAUGAAAUGUGCGAUGUUGGGAUGUUAUUUUAGCUGGUUACCAAGUUGUUUCACUUCACGAGUCCUCUGAAGGCCUGUCAAAAAAAGGGAGGUGGGGAAAGGUAUUCUGAUCAAGGAAGAAUCAAGGGUCCAAGCAGUCUCCCUGGUGGUAGAAAUAUUAACCCUUCCUAUGCCUUUUUAGAUAAACCAGUCAGUUUCUUUGUUGACAUCUGCUCAGUCAGUCCCUUCUGACGAAGUCUUGGGCAUGUUCUUGCUGCUGAUCCAUUUCCAGACCGCCAACAGGAAUGGGGAGGGUAGGCGACUAACACGUACAGUUUUUCAGCCCUUUUGUUUGCGUUUCUGCCUGUCUUCAAAUACAACAGGAGAAAAGUCUGCUUUUCCUGGUUGCCACUGACCAGCUUUUUUCAUGGUCGGGGUUGUAAAGUACUUCCUCCUUCACUGGUUUUCAGAAAACAGUCUGGACCACUAUCUCCAUCGUAGCUUCCAGCUUCAGAAUACUAAUACUCCAGUGUCUGCUUCAUAGGAACAGCAUAAUGCAGUUACAACAAGCAGAUAAAGGGUGUUGGGGGGAGGGGGGAGUUGAUGGUAAAGCCUAGAUAUAUGCAUACACCUUUCAUACGUAGACUGUUUGUUCAAAAUGUGUCUGCACACGUGUGCAGGUUGCAUCGGCUGUCUUUUUUUUUUCUUGUCCUCAUGCCAUAGAGCCCAGCCUGGUAAGCUGUAUUGACCUGUUUUCCUGGGAACAGUGUUGACUUCUAUUAUCCACUUCACUUUUUAAUCACGUCUUUUCUUGCGCAUUGUCCAAAGUACCUAGCAAGGUGUGAGAGGGCCUGCGUGUGGCAAAAUGGAAACCAUACUAAAUCUCCUUCCCUCUGUGCUUUCAUAAACUCUCACUUCUGCAUUUGAGGUUUUUUUGUAUGAAAUUGGAAUUCUUUUACUUGAUUUUUUUUUUUUAAGCGAGUAGAAUGCAUCAUAUUUGUGUCUUGAUAAGAGUUUGGGGUAAAAAUAUCUAUAUAAAAGAGCUACAACAUAAGAAAAUGGGCAGACCAUUUAUUUUAUAUUGUGUGUGCUUGGGCUGUGUUUUAUUUAAUAUAUUCCAGUGUUCGAUUAGAUCUGUAUACACUAGUCAGUGAAUUGAAGGUUGCAAGGCUGUGUGAUUGAACUACCUGUGACUGAACUACCCUGAUAUAAUGCUGUUCUAGUGCCAAUGUGUAAAAACACCCCUCUUCUCACAGUUUUCUCAUCUUAAGACAAAAAUGGCAUUGUUUAAUUUUGCAGUCUCCAGCAGACAGCGCUGUUGCUGUUUCCUCGAAGGGAAGUGUGCGUAGGCAGUCUUACAGAACGGUGGGUCUAGUUCUAUAGACUGUUUUGCCAACUGAUUAGACUCUGAAAAAUGUAAGUGCGUGUAGAAUUUAUGCAUAGAUUGGAUUUGAUGGCUUCGUGGUGCAUUUAACUGUACCAGUUCCUUUUAUUCAUUACCUUUGAGCUCCUUUCAGUGAUGCUUUCAUAGGGUUAUUCAGUGGCAAAGACCCAUCAGUGCUGAAGGAAGCUCAAGUAAAUUUAAAGAAAAUAUUUGUAAAGUUAAAAAAAAUGAAUCUGUUGGAUGCAUUUAAAAAAAAAAAAAAAAAACUCUGGAAAGUCCUGGAGUGUGUAUUUAUCCAGUGACAUGAAGUAAGAUAUUUAUAGCUGAGUUUCCGAUAUCCUCACUCGGAACAUACGAUCCUAUUUCUCAUUCGUAAGAAUAGAGUUGUUCAUCCAAAAAUCAGUGCAAGAUGAAAGAAUGCCUAAGCCAGCUUUCAUUCCCAGCCAUACAUUUAAAAGGCAGGAUUUCUGCCACAUGGCUGUUUUUAAUGUCUAAUGUUAGAGACAAAUCUUUAGCAAGAAAACCAAAAAUAUUUCACUGACUUCUUAGGUCUGUUGGAAAUGGUGCAUAACUCAGCCCUGCUUCUUUGCUCUUACUGAGACAUUUUAAACAAGGCUUUCAAUCAGUCCCAGCCUGGCAUCCCAUUUGCCUCAGAUAUCAGACUACACAAUCCUGUUGCUUUACUGUCUUGGCUCAAAGGGACUGUUUCAGAGUAUUUGCGACUCCAGGACGCUUUGUUGGAGGGGGAAUGGAGAGGGUGAGAGGACUCAGGAGGUUCUAAUGCAAGAAUGAAACCAAUAUUAUCUCAAACAAGUUUUCCCUCUAGAAUAAAAGAAUGUGAAUAAUUAUUUCUGCUGCUCUUGCUUUUAAAAUGGUGGAUUUCAAAGAAAAGAAUUAAAAUCAGAUGCAUGUCAUACCACCUAUGUGCCACUCUCACAGUGCCCUCUGGUAUGGAGAGUGGUUUUUGUGCUUUCCAAGCUGGGUUGAGGACAACUCAAAGUAAAUGGACUGAUGAUUUAAAAAGAAAAGAAGGAAACCUUACUGUAAAAAGAGGGGGGUGGGGGGGAUAUUUUAAUGGUGAAAUCUCCAUAGGGGUUUUUUUUCUGUUUAGAGUUUUUUUUUCAUUUUAUUCUCUGUGCUGUUACUUUAAAUGAAACGUCUACAGUAACUGAAGACACAAGUGUACAUAUGUAAAAACCACACAACUUUGUUCCUGGACAUGAAGGCAUUUUUUCCCUGUGUCUGUGACUUCAGAUCCCUAAACAUGCUUUAACUUUUUGUAUUUCAUCUUGAGAGAGAGAGAAAAACACAUUUUUUAAAAAUAAAGCAUGAAACAGCGUGUCUCAUGAAGCACAUAACUUCAUAAAGAGGAAAAUAGUCAAAUGGCAGACAGCCUUCAAUGUUCACCUUAGCUGUUGUAGAAUCACAGUUGAGCUUAAGUAUUACUCUGGUAAAACUUUGCAGUCACUAGAAAAUUAACUUACUAGAAGUUACAGACACUUAGAAAUGAACCCUCUUUUAUAUAAGACCAGUGUAAUACAAAUGCUCUCUCAUCAGACAUAUAUGAUAUGUACCAUUUUAGAGUACUUCUGUCCCCUCCGACAUGUAGCAAACGUACCGAACUCUGGAGAAAUUCCAGACACGCUGGUAUGGUUGGCAUAUCAAAGGGGACGUUCUGCAACUGUGGCUGACUGUGAUCUAAACACAUUUAGAGAUUCUAAAGUUUUGUUCAGGUCUGAAACACCUGUUUAGAUAAUGUGAAUAAUGCUAAUUUUUUUUUUUUUUAAGAAACCUGCAGAAUAAAUUAUCAUAUUCUGAAGUGGAUGAUUCACACAUAAGCUGCAGUGCUGUUGUUUCAAAACCGCUGUAAAUAUUGACUGCUUUUUUGUGCCUGUUAAGAUAACUUGGAAAUGUUGGAUUGAUAUUCUCAAGUGUUCCGUGUGGAGAAAAGAAACUUGCAUUAGAGGAAGUGACAAUAAAACUGCAGAUCAUUUUGAAAUGUGUAUUAAUACAUUUAAUAAAAUAACUAGUUCUAA